AUGCCCGGUCUGCACCGUGCACCAGUAGACCCCGGCUCGUUGCCGCCCGAAUACUGGAACAGCUUUGAGCCUUUGUAUACAAACCCCGACCCCCCACAUCAACAUUCGCACCCAUCCCAGCCGCCACAGCUUCAACAGAUCCAGCCGGCACCGCCGCAACAGCAACAUGCGACGCCAAUGGGAAUCAGCUGGGAUCACCCAAUGUUCAGUCAGACUCCUCAAUCCCGGAGUCCUCUGCCCACGCCCCAGGAACAGAACCAUGGCAUCUAUACGUCGGCAACUCCCCAAUCGUGGCGAACGAACCCUUUGCAAUCGCAACAAAUAAUACAUCCCGCACCGCAGACAUAUUCCAUGAACCAGCAAUAUCGUCAGGCGCAAUUUCCUCAUGCGCAACCUGCGUUUGAUUCACAGCCACUCCCCUCGUCCGACAACUCACACUUCCAGUCAUACACCUUCCCCCGUGGCUACUAUCCUCCUCAGAAUCUCUCGGUACCAGAUGUCUUUCCUCAGUCUCACUCUCCUCGGCCCACUCAAGCGCAGGCCCAGCCAACACAAUAUCGGUCGGACUCCCAUCAGCACCAAGUCCCUCAGUACACACUUCCUGCGGGCUAUCCGGAGGGGACCACUUCCACUCCAACUGUCUCUGAGCAGACCAUCAAUCCACAAUUCUUGAACUCGCCGCAACAAGCCGCUAGCCAGCAAGCAUCCCUUCAUAAUAAUUUGAUGUACAUGAACCCUGCGGACUUCGAGCGUCCUGAAGAUCCAAAGUUGUACACUUUCUUCCGGGAUGACUUGCAAGUUCCACCAAUUUUGGGCCAAGGUCAAGGUCAGGGACAACCACAGCCACAGCCACAGCAUAAACCCCAGCCUCAGCAUCAGCCCAUUGCACGGAACCAACCAAUUGCCCCAACCACGCAAUAUGAGUUCAUCGUGCCCUUGAAUGGUCAAGACACAGUCACCCCCGUCGCACCAGUUAAAGCAGCAAAACCUAAGAAACAACCCAGUGUGAAGAAACAGUCGCAGCCCAAAAAGCCCACAAUGAAAGGGGGGAGCAAGAAGCUGGAUGGACAGUCGGCCUCUUCUAGUUCUGAAUCAGAUAGCUCUGAUGAGUCGGAUCUUGAGAUCCAGGAGCCUGAAGAGGUAUCUCCACUACCACCCACUCGUCCUAGCGAACCCGAGGCUGCUGCGCGGUAUGACGCGCUCAAAGCUGUGUGGUCUCCACGUAAUAGGCACCCCAAUGUUGACAAGGUCAAGAGUGCACUGGUUGCGUUCAAAGAUGUUGUCAAAGCCGUAAGAGAUGCGUGGAAAGAAAGCAGCCAAGCCAUGAAGGUGGCAGAAAACAAGGGUGAUAAUGACAAAGCAGCGCAACUAAAGAAGAAUGUGGUCCUUCAGCGGCGCCUUAUGGACGUCGUCAUCAGCACCACCCAGGAGCAAGGUCACCCAGUCAUUGUCGAGAAGUAUGUCCUUUCUCUACCGUCUUCCCUUUCCUUCCCGCAUCUGGCAUGUCCUCGUGGCCAUAGAAGUCUGAAACGAAUUGAGAGCCUCUCCCAUGUAAUCUACCUAGUGUGGGCUUUGGCAUAUAAAAAUGUGCUUAUAAGUAAGGGUGCAUAUAUGCUCUCCAUCAGAGGACUAAACAUACCUAGCUGUGUGUCCUCAAGCACGAGACAAAGGAGGAUAGAAUGCCCAUCCUCGUUCAGACGAGCUAUCUCCUGCCGUCAUUGUACAGGUGCCCAAAGUGUGUUCCGUUGUGGUGUCACCCUUCGGAGCCUGAACUUUGCUAGCCUCCGGAUGCCUUGCAUCUGCUUAUUGCUAUUCUCAUGUUCAUCUGCUAGAUUGUGCCGGUCGCUGACGUAUGUGUUUCCAGGUUGGGUGAGCAUCCAAUGGCUGUAG